ACGUUGAGUCGUGAGAGUGUUUCUAAUCAAGUCUAGUACCUGCCUAUUUUGUUUUCUUUUUAUACGAUUCUUUUUUAAAUCAUACAUUAUAAUGAGCUAAAAUUUAGCGAAUAUUUUUUUAAAUACAAGCUACGCGUAUCAGCUAUGAACCCAUUAUAGAAAUAUUAAAUGAGAAAUAGUACCAUUCCUGUGGACAACAUGGGGAUUAUGUACGAGAAACGGCCUUUAAAAAGGCCUCGCUUAGGUCCUCCUGAUGUAUAUCCUCAAGAACCUAGACAAAAGGAAGAUGAAUUGACAUCCGCUAACGUGAAACAUGGAUUUACAACAACACCACAGUCCAGUGACGAAUUUGGGACGGCUAGAAAUUUUAAUCACUCUGCUUUUGCAUCCAAGAUUGGACAAUUUUUUUCUGGUAUACUUUCGAAAAAAGAAGAACUUAACACUCUUCCGGAUUGUGGAAAAAAGAGGCAGCAAGUGAAUCCUAAAGAUAACUUUUGGCCAGCAACAGCAAGAACUAAACCACAAAUUGAAGCUUGGUUUAAAGAUUUAGCUGGGAGUAAACCUUUAUCUAUAUUGGCAAAGAAAGCACCUAACUUCAACAAAAAGGAGGAGAUAUUUAUAACAUUAACGGAAUAUCAAGUAGCUAUGCCCAGGGCUGCAUGGUUUAUAAAAUUAAGCUCUGCAUAUACUGUAGCAGUUUCUGAAGCCAAAAUUAAAAAGAGACAGCAUCCAGAUCCCACUACUGAAUGGACAACAACAUUAAUAAAAUUCUUAAAGGAUCAAAUUCCAAAGCUGGCUGAAUACUACCAAAGUGGCCCUGGUAAUAUUGAUAAAACACCACCAACUCAAUCAGGUCCAGGCACACCAAGUCACAAUAUGUCAGGUCAUCCUCCAGGCAGCUCUACUCCAAAUUCCUCAGUGCCAAAUUCUAUGCAUUCUCCAGGAAGUACCAGCUUAUUAGGUUCAUCUACACCUGGUCCUGAGAGCACAGAUUGGCGACAGGCUCUGAAGCAAUGGAAUUAUUGCUGUCGACUGGCCAAGUAUCUCUUAGAUGAGGGUUUAUUGGAUAGACACGAUUUCCUUACAUGGAUUAUAGAAUUGCUUGAUAAAAGAGCACCUGAUGAUGGACUGUUAAGAUUGUUCCUACCAUUGGCUUUACAAUAUAUGUGUGAGUUUGUUUGCUGCGAGGGUCUCUCGCGGCGUCUUGCAACAAGUUGUGCUAAAAAGUGUGCUGCAAUAUGCUCAGUACUAUCAGAGACUACACUUAGAACCUUAAACCAACCUGCAGUGUUCAAUAAAUCUGAUAGAAAUGGAGAUGCGAAUGGCGGUCCUUUGUCCCCUUCAACAGAAACAAAUGGUGAUGUAAAACCAAAUAUAUCUCAAAUUAAACGUUCAGGUACACCAGCUGAUCAAAACAAUGGAACACCCAAUCCUAAUCAUUCUCUAGGAACCCCCAACCCAAACCAUUCAUUGGGAACACCAAAUCCUUUAGGAACGCCUAACCCAUCCCAACCCAUGGAACAAGUGAAGGAAGAAAAUGAUUCACCAUCAAGGGACACUAAAGCAACUAUAAAUACAGUUGUUACAGCAUCUCUUAAUCCUGUGCAAGUUGGGUUUGGAGAGAUCCUGAAUUGUUCAUUUCAUAGAGAUGUCAUUAUACAAUUAGCAACUAUACUUCAGAUAAUAUGUAUAGAAUGUCCUACUGCAAUGGUUUGGUCUGGAUGUGGGUCAUCUCUUCAAGGUUCGCCUUUAGACAUCUUGCCAUUGCCGCCCUCUGCAUUACCAAUGCCACAGAUGGACUCGGAAGUUACUGAAGAGCAUAGGCGAUUGGUUUAUGAAGCCGAACAAGAAAUUGCCGCAAGAAGCAAAAAAGCCGAAAGUAAAUGGUGCACAGACAAAUGGCAAACAAGUUCACAAGCUCGAGUAUUAGCAGUCCUUGAAGCGUUAGAUCGUCACUGCUUUGACCGGGUCGAUCCAAAUAACAACUUGGAUACAUUGUAUAAAGAAGUAUAUGCUAACUGCAGCCCACCUAAAGACGGAAAUGCUGACCCCAAAGAUCCAGAGUACGUGUGCUCGUACGCGGUGGUGCGCGUGCUGUGCGAGUGGGCGGUGUGCGGCGCGCGCUGGGGCGAGCACCGCGCGAUGGCGGCCGCCGCACUGCUCGACCGCCGCCAGCACCACCACCACCACCACGAGCACCAGGGAUCCGACGAUAAAGAAUCUAUCAGCUCUGGAACGGGAAUGUACAACGGUCCGCCGAUUUUCCAAAACCUUUUAUUGCGAUUUCUGGAUAAUGACGCGCCUGUUUUAGAUGAAAGUCCAAACGCCCCACCGGGUAAUCGACAACAGUUUGCGAACCUAGUACAUCUAUUUGGAGAAUUAAUUAGACGUGAUGUCUUUUCACAUGACGCGUACAUGUGCACGCUUAUAUCCAGAGGUGAUCUAAUAUCUCCCACGGAGCCUACUGUGAGUUCUAGCUCUGGCGGACAUACGGUCGCUCAACCUGCGAAUAGUACGGGAACCAAUCACAAUAUAGAUGACGACAUAUUUGCUGGUAUCGAUCUUAAACCGAAAAUGGAGGAAAAUGUCAGAAUGGAUUUGGACGAUUCAAAAAUUGACGAUGACUUGGACAAGCUUUUGCAACACAUUAAAGAAGACCAACAGAAUUCUAUGGACGCUCCCGAUAGCCCAAAGGAUCCAGGAGAACCUUCUCAUAACGUGAAUUCGCCCAUGAUGGGCGCAAGUGGAAUGGGCAUAGGAUCGAUGCAAUCAAUGGGAAUGGGCCCAAUGUCUGUACCAGGUAUACGUUCAACGAGUUCAAACGGCUCGAACACAACGGGCACGGUGUCGCGGCACUAUCACUACACCAUGCACUUCCCGCUGCCGCCCACUGAGCCGGAGCACACGCCGCACGACGCUAACCAGCGUCACAUCCUCUUGUACGGCGUCGGGCGGCAGAGGGACGACGCCAAACACGCCGUGAAGAAGAUGACCAAAGAAAUAUGCAAAUUAUUCUCUAAGAAGUUUUCCAUUGAUGUAGCGGAAGGUGGAAAAAUAAAGAAGCAUUCGCGUAGUGAAUUUAAUUUUGAGGCUGUUACGCAAAAAUUUCAAUCAAUGUCGAUGUACGAGCAAGGCGCGGUGUCGUGGGCGGUGGGCGGCGCCGUGUGCGAGGCGCUGGCGGCGUACGCGGCCGGCGCCACCACGUACCUGCCGCAGCCCGAGCACGUCGCGUUCGCGCUCGACCUUAUGGAGAUCGCGCUCAACGUGCACGGCCUCAUCGAGACUUGCAUACAGAUACUGAAAGAGUUGUCAGAAGUAGAAGCAGCGCUAAUCACCCGCGGCGCGGCGAGCAGCGGGCUGGCUGCGCCGCGCGCCUACACCUCGGCACUCGCUCUGUAUACCGUUGGAGCUUUGAGGCGGUACCAUUCGUGUUUGCUAUUGUGCGUAGAGCAAACGUCGGCUGUGUUUGAGCAGCUUUGUCGUUUGGUCAAGUGCGUGGUGAAUCCCGGUGAUUGCGGGUCCGCCGAGCGAUGCGUGCUCGCGCAAUUACACGACCUGUAUAAGGCGGCUGCACAUCUGUUUCACGCGCCCCAUGCGGACACCUUUGCGAAUGCAUAUCCUAAAAUAAAACAAGCGCUUUACUCUCCUUUACAACCCACACCAUCGAAUUAUGCCUACAAUCCACAAUUUUUGAGUGAAUUUUUCACAAAUCCUAGAAAAGGUAAAAUUGAGAUAUCUUGGGCACGUCAAGUAGCGGAGUCACCAGCGAAUCGUUACAGCUUUGUGUGUUCCGCCAUGUUGGCUGUAUGUCGCGAGGUUGACAAUGAUCGUGUGAACGAGCUGGGCGUGCUGUGCGCGGAGAUGACGGCGUGGUGCAGCGGGCUGGCGGCCGAGUGGCUGGGCGCGCUGGUGGCGCUGUGCGGCGCGCAGCACUACCCCGCCGCCGCGCCGCACGCCGCGCCGCCGCCGCUCUACCCCGACCUGCUGCACCACCGCGACCUGCACGACGCCGCCGCGCACGACGCGCUCGCCGUCUUCACUUGCAUACUCGUCGCGCGACACUGUUUUUCCCUGGAAGACUUCGUUCGUCACGCCGCUUUGCCGUCACUUGUAAAGGCGUGCGGGGGAGGCAACUCCAGCAACCACCCCGCCAACGCGCCUUCGCCUGACGCCGGCGCGAGACUGACUUGCCACUUGCUACUGAGGUUGUUUAAAACCGUUGACACACCGCAACCAGGUCUGUACAGCGUGUCGACGUCCCCGGGGCCGGGCGGGUGCGGCGCGGGCGUGCGGCUCUCGUGCGACCGGCACCUGCUCGCCGCCGCGCACAAGAACAUCGGCGUCGGGCCCGUGCUGGCCACGCUGAAGGCGAUACUCAUGGUUGGAGAUUCUACUGCAAGAGACCUUAGCAAACCGAGUGGGAAGAAAUCUAGUGAACUUUCACACAUACUGGGCACUAGCGACACUGUGCCUAGCGAUGCACAGCUUGAUCUCAUAUCGAUGGUAGAAACAGAGAUGAGUGGGGGCCAUAAAACGCCUAGAGGAAACGGAGGUGUUGGUUCGACGUUAUUAGAUUCUUCACAAUCUUUAUCUUCACUAGCGAGGCGGGUACUCGCCGAGAUAUGUUCGGAGGAAUGGGUUUUACAGAAAUGUUUACAGAACCCGGAUGAACUGUAUCAACCUGAUAUGUUGUUGGAUCCGAUGCUUAGACCGAGACAAGCCCAAAGAUUAUUACACAUGAUAUGUUAUCCGGAUUCGGCCAGUCACACCCAUCCAGACUUAGAUCAAAAGACAAUGAUUACAAGGCUCCUUGAGAACUUGGAGCAGUGGUCGCUGCGCAUGUCGUGGCUGGACCUGCAGCUGAUGUUCAAGCAGUUCCAGAGCGGCUCGUCCGAGCUGAGCGCGUGGCUGGACACCGUCUCGCGGGCGGUUAUCAACGUGUUCCAGCAGCCCGCGCCGCCGCCGCCCGAUAAAGACAGGAUGGGAACGGAACGCGGUGUAGUGAGCACGAGCAAAUGGUCGCAGUCCGUGUGGCUGGUCGCGCCGCUCGUCGCCAAGCUGCCGCCAGCUGUACAGGGCCGCGUGCUCAAGCAGGCUGGCCAGAUCCUCGAAAGCGGUUGGGGUGCGGGUUGUAGCGGCAAUUGCUCUGGUGGAGGAGGAGGAGGCGGCGGCUCGCAUCGGGACUGUAAAAGCCACCAGAGCCCCAGCUACAAAGGUUCGGCGGGUGGUGGUGGAGGCGGUAAACGCGGUGUGGGCGGUUCCGCGUGCGGGUCGGCAUGCGCCUGCGCUGCAUCCGCUCUACGACUUGCGAAUGAACCAUUGCUAUCGCUCGUGCUCACUUGUCUGAGGCAUCAGGACGAUCAGAAGGAGAGCCUGCUGAGUUCGAUCCACGCGCAGCUGCAGCACUACCUGAACCACGCGCGCGACCACGAGCGCGCGGCGUGCGGCGACACGUGGCAGGAGGAGGCGGCGCCCGAGGCGCUGCAGCUGCGCUUCUCGCUGGCCGGCGGCAUGUUCGACGCGAUCCGCCGCUCCUACCAGCUCACGUCCGACUGGGCCGUGCUGCUCACGCAACUCGUCGCGCACCAGGUCAUAGAUGCGUAUAACAAUAGUCUGUGUCGCAGCAACUUGUUCACAACAUUGAUCGACAUGCUAGCAACUUUGAUACAUUCGACGCUCGCUGAAGGCGGUGACGACAACAACAGGAAGCAUUACCAGAAUCUUAUGAAGAAACUGAAAAAGGAGAUCGGCGAUAGGCACGGGCCUAGUGUGCAAGCUGUUAGGCAACUGUUGCCACUGUCGAAAAAUACUGUCGAGGUGAUCGCGUGUGAUAAAAUAACUAGCUUCGACAGUGAUAAGAAGCAGGGUCUCAGACUGACGGACAAGUUGUCGGUGUCGAGUUGGGAGCUGGUGGAGGGUGGGAGGAACCCCGCGCCGCUCUCGUGGACUCUGUUCGCGGCCACUAAGAUCGAGAGAAAACCACUCACGUAUGAAAGUGCCCAUAGGUUGUUAAAAUAUCACACGCACAGUUUAGUUAAGCCGCUGAGCUAUUACCUGGAGCCGCUGCCUCUGCCGCCAGAGGACCUUGAUAACAACGAUAGUAAACAGGACAAUGGAAGCUUGGAUUCAAGUCCCACAGGAUCGGGGAAAGGACGAAAAAUGUCCUGUAAGAUGAACAAAAUGAAGAAGUCUAAACCGACUACACCCACGAGCGGUGUGGGCGGUCAGAGCGGUGCGGUGGGCGGCAUGUCGGCGCAGCAGCAGCCGCAGUUCAUGCAGCAGCAGCAGCAGCAGUGGUUCCCGCCGCCCGGACAGAACUAUUACAACCCGCCUGCGGCAGGCGUGAAUGCUCGCGGCGUGGCGCCCCCCGCCAACACUCAGUCCAAACAGGCGCUCAGCAAUAUGCUGCGAAAUCGCUUCCCGUUCACGCAGAUGACUCAAAUGCAGCAAAGCGGUGGAUACCCCGGCGCGCCCCAGCCACGCGGGCCGUUCCCACGGCAGGGCAUGCGGCAGAUGCAACCCAACCAAAUGGCGCAAAUGCAACCCAAUCAAAUGAAUCCAAUGAGUGGAAUGGGCGGCAUGGGUCCAAUGGGUCAAAUGGGAGGAGUACAAAUGGGGCCCGCGCAGAUGAGCGCCAGUCAAAUGGGUGCAAAUCAGAUGGGCAGCGGACAAAUGGCCGGCGGUCAGAUGGGAGGCGGUCAAAUGUCCGGCGGUCAAAUGGCGAGCGGACAGAUGGGAGGCAUGGGUGGUCAAAUGUUCGGUGGCCAGUAUGGUGGUAUGCAGCAAGGCUAUGGAGGUUAUUCACAACAGAUGAUGCAGGGUGGUCAACAGCAAAUGAUGAAUCAGGGUAUGAGUCAAGGUGUCAACCAAAUGGGUCAGCAAGUAAAUCCCAUGGGUCAAAGUGUAAAUUCAAUAGGACAAAACGUUGGACAAAUGAACCAAGGUGUGGGACAGUCUGGUCAAAUGCCACAGGGUAUGGGACAAAUGGGUCAAGGUAUGAGCCAAAUGGGCCAAGCCAUGGGGCAGAUGAGCCAAAUGGGCCAAGGGGGUGGUAUCGGUGGUAUGAACAAUCAAGCCGGUUCGAUGGGCCCUCAAGGUGGAAAUGGCAUGGGAGGUUUCCCAGGGCAGCAGUCAUUCCAACAGAAUAUGAUGAGCGGUCGUGCAAGCCAAGAGGCUUAUUUAGCGCAACAAAGGCAAAAUACGCGUCCGCAGUAUAUACAGCAGGCGCCCAAUGUAACGAUGGGUGGCAUGGGCGGGCCAGCGCCGCCGUACCCGCGCGCCAUGCAGCCGCAGCAGAGCGCGCAGUACCAGCAGCAGAUGACGCAGCAGCAGCGCAUGCGGCAGCAGAUGCUGGCAAUGCAGCAACAGCAGCAGCAGCAGCAGCAGGGCCCGCUCGUGCAGCACCUGCAGCGCCAGCAGUACCAGCAACCGUAUUAGUGGAACUUUAUUGGACUUUAUGGGGGCGUACAGUGUGCACUUGCAUCAUAUUCACGGGUAGUCAGUUAUAUGGUUGGAGAGAGGUGUUUCAUUGUGUGGGUCCUAUAUCGAACAUUGGUAUAAGCAGUAUAAAAAAUGGGCUAAUGAGAUUUAAAUAUCUUAACUUUACGGAAGGUGUUAGUUUAACAUCCAAACGCCUACAAUCAUAGAAAGGGUAUAUAUACAUUGUACCCAUCAAUGGCAUCAGUAUGAAUAGCCGUAUUAGUAGAGUUGUUGUUUUGGGGUAUAGGGCGUUAGAGUAAUUUCUAACGUAUGGCAAUUUCGAAAAUAACAUUUGAAAACAUGAAUUUCAUUAUGUAUGUGGACGAUUAUUAUAAUAUCAUAGGUUCCUAAGAAGUGGAAAUGAAAUUACUCUAGUGCACUAUAGAUUAUUUUCACAAAUAAGUAGAUUCCAAGUUACUCUUAUUAUUUAUUAUAUAUGUACAAAGGUUUUCUCUUUUUUAUUUUAUGUAGUGAUUUAUAAUUGAAAAAUAUUUAGUUUCCAUUUUUCAGAAAAAUCAAAUGCGUUUUUUUUUUUUUAUUUCAAGUGUUGUAACGCUAGUGGUUGCAAUUAUUAUAGAUAUAACAAAAUUAUAUUUUUUAUUUAAAUUUAAGUUAGAGAAGAAACGCUAGAUGCUUAGAACGAUAUCGCGCUGGCGGUUUCUAGAAUAUUGAAAUAAAUUUAGUGUAUGUAAUUGAUUAUUUCUAGACAAGUAAGUGUGAAUAAAAUUUUUUGGUCCGACUAACUAAACUCGAAUAUGACCGGAUUCAGCAACAGGAAGACGUUAAUUUUUAAAAUAAUUUUUUGGUGACGUCUUUUCUUGAAUGUGUAAUCAAUGCAAAGUAUGCAUGCAGCAUUGAUAAAGGAAAUUUAACAAACUUUUUUCUAUCAUAUCAACAGAAAUGACAAAGCGUAUAAACAAUCAUGGUUUUUUUUUAAAUAUUAUUUAGUUUUUGCUGUUUUUUGUUGAUGUUCUGAAAUGCGAUUAAUAGAGAAUCUGAAUUAGAAAUGUAAAGAAAAAAUAUUAGAUGUUUUCUGUCUUGUGAAAUGACACAUUUAUGAGUAAGUGUAUCUUUAAGUUAAUAUUUACUGUAAGAAUAUUUUGUUAAGCUAGACAAUAAAAAAUGUAGGCUAAUAGUAAUGAAUUAUACCAAAUCAAGCAGUAAUUUCGAGCUUGCAUUAACAGGAGACAGUAAGUUGCUGGCUGACCAAAAUGAGUUUUAUAUAAAAUAACUCUUCGAAGUGUGUCCCGCAGCUCGCAUUUUACUUUAUUUUAUCCAAAAAUUUCGCGUAAAAAAAAGUAAAUUUUAGAAAAGAUUCCCAUUUAUGCAUAACUGAAACUGAAUAUCGCAUAGGCAUGCUUCCCAGUAUAGUAUCAAGUCAUGCAUUUUUUCUUACUUUUAAGUAAUUGUAUAAGGUCGAUGUUGCUUGUACAACUUUUAUAUUUAAAAUUAUGGUAUACCUAAACAUUUCAUUUAUGUGUGAUGUAGAUGUAACAAAAUCCACACUAAUUAAUUGAAUGAAAAUUGUUUUACAAAAUAUUGACUCAUUGUGGAUCCUCCAGUAUCAAUCGUUUAUGGAAUAAGGCCGUAAAAUAUUUUUUAUUAUAUAAUUAAAAUAAAUAAGUACCUAUGUUAGAUUAAUAGAUGUUUAUAAUGGCUGU